AUGCCCCGGUGGAGGCCGCUCGCCCUCGUCCUGCUCGGGCUCGCCGCCUGCCUGCUGGCCGCACCGGUGCUGGGCUGCGGCCCGGGUCGGGGCCCGGUGGGGCGGCGGCGGCUGGGGCGGCGGCAGCUUUCGCCUCUGCUCUACAAGCAGUUCGUGCCCAACGUGCCCGAGCAGACACUGGGGGCGAGCGGGAAGGCGGAGGGCAAAGUGCUGCGGGGCUCGGAGCGCUUCAGGGACCUGGUGCCCAACUACAACCCCGACAUCAUCUUCAAGGACGAGGAGAACACGGGGGCGGACCGGCUCAUGACCGAGCGCUGCAAGGAGCGUGUGAACUCGCUGGCCAUCGCAGUGAUGAAUAUGUGGCCAGGGGUGAAGCUGCGGGUGACAGAGGGCUGGGACGAGGAUGGGCACCACCUCCCCGACUCUCUGCACUACGAGGGCCGGGCACUGGACAUCACCACGUCCGACCGCGACCGCCACAAGUACGGCAUGCUGGCACGGCUGGCCGUGGAGGCUGGCUUCGACUGGGUCUACUACGAGUCCAAGGCACACAUCCAUGUUUCCGUCAAAGCAGAUAACUCGCUGGCUGUCCGCACCGGUGGCUGCUUUCCCGGCCACGCCACCGUGACGCUGGAGAGCGGCGAGCGCCGGGGCCUGGCUGACCUGCGCCAAGGUGACUGGGUGCUGGGCGCCGAGCCAGGCGGGCGCCUGGUGCCCACUGAGGUGCUGCUCUUCCUCGACCGGGACCUGGGCCAGCGCGCCUCCUUCGUGGCCAUCGAGACGGCCAGCCCAGCCCGCCGGCUGCUCCUCACCCCGUCCCACCUGGUGUUCGCUGCCCGUGGGGCGGCCAACGGCUCGGCCGCCUUCCUGCCCAUCUUCGCCCGCCGUGUGCGCCCCGGUGACGCCGUGCUGGCCCACGGGGCUGGCGGGCAGGGGCUGCGCCCCACGCGGGUGCUGCGGGUGUCUCGGGAGGAUGGCGUGGGGGUCUUUGCCCCCCUCACCUCUCACGGCACCUUGUUGGUGAAUGGCGUGCUGGCAUCCUGCUACGCCGUCCUAGAGAGCCACCGCUGGGCUCACCGGGCGUUUGCCCCCCUCCGCCUCUUCCAUGGGCUCCUCUCGCUGCUGCCAGCCCACCCCGAGGUGGGCAAUGGGACGGUGCCAGAGGCGGGCAUGCACUGGUACUCCCGCCUGCUCUAUCGCCUGGCUGGGGGCGUGCUGGGCCAGGAGGCCCUGCAGGUGUAG